AUGGCCGAUCCUGCACCUCAGGAUCUACGCAGCCGUUUGCAAACGGCGUCCGACCGCGUCUCUGAGCUACUGGAGAUCUGCCGCGUGCCCUCGAUAUCGGUGGGCGUGCUUCAUAAUGGCGAAAUGUUCACCAGAAGCUUUGGCUCACGGGAGCUCAAGAAUAUGGAGAACGGCCAAGUGGAGCCGCUUCCUGCAAUGUCGAGCACCGCAUACCUGAUCGCACAAUGUUCCGAGACCCUCAUCGCAUAUGCUGUGGGCAUACUCGUUGACGAGGGAAAAAUGUCGUGGGACGACCCGAUCAGGAAACACGUCCCCGAAUUCGAUGUUGUGGAUGACAAGCGCAUUUCCGAAGGGGCGACUAUUCGACAAGCAAUGUGCCACACAACCGGCUUAGGAAGUCAGGACUCACUCAUUCAAGGUAUCAGAGGUCACCUUUUGGUAGAUGAGGACGGGUUUGUGCAACUGAUCAACCAUGCGCCAACGCACGACAAAGCCGGGAAAGAUGCCGCGAUAGACAACGACCAAAACGGAAGAGCUAAGAGAAGGAAACUCGCGAAGAAUCAGGAUUCGACAGCAGACGGAGAAUCCAACGAUGCCUUUCGAGACAGGGACUUCCGUUACAAUCAGUAUGCCAUGGCCCUGGUUGCUCUCGCGGUUCAGAAUGCAUCGGGACAACGCUAUUCUGAAUUCAUUACGACACGAAUACUUGAUCCACUUGGAAUGAAGGAUACAAUUGUCAAACGGAUCCACAUGGGAUCUCAUAGAAACGUUGCGGUGGGGUAUGCGAAGCUCGGGGACGACACGUUUUCGGAAAUUGCAACUGACGCCCUGACUGAUGACGCUCACACCCCUGUUCUAAGCGCGCUCGGCGUCAGAAGCUCGAGAGAACCUCCGAAUCCUCUCCGGCAGAUCGCAACUAUCUGGCCGCAAGUAGAUAAAGACAACGUGAUGUCACACGGCAUUGGCGGCCGAGUGCUAAACUUCCCAUCUUUAGGUUUCCAUACGCACGGGAUGAAUCAAAAGCUUUGGAGCGUCGGACCUGACAUUUUCGGUUUUUUCAGAGACAAUUCCAUUGGUUAUGACUCACUAAUUUCCAAGGAUAGUGUGAAGGCUAGUAGUGUAGUCUUGUAUAAGGGGUUCAACAAUGGUUUCACUUCCUCUUUUACGAUAUGCCCUGGCACCAAAACGGCCAUAGUUGCCCUCGCGAACGGACUGGACCUCGGAGAUUCGGCAGAUUGGGCUAGCAAGAUACUGGCGCAGGCGCUGUUCGAAACCAAACCACAAGUCGACAUCAUUCCCCUGGCGAACAAAGAAGCCGCUCUCUGGAAGGAAUCGUUCGACGAAAUUUUGAUCAAGUGGCAUGAUGGUCGGAGCAUAUCGCAUCCAGAAUCAGACCUCGGCGACUACGUUGGAAAAUACGAGUGUUUCAACCUAUGUGUGGAUAUAUCCUUGGACCCCGAAACAGCCCACUUGGCAAUGACUAUAAACUCAUGCGCCGGCUCCCGCUUUGAUCUGAAGCGAUACGGGACAGAUGCCUACAGCUUCAUGCCUCUGACAAGGUACGAGUGGCUUCAGAAAGGAAUGUGGGAUUUUCAAGAACAUGACACUGAGGUUCAAAAUCACACCACGAUUCUCUUGUUUCACCGCAAUAAACGCGGGGAGGUCUGCAGAUUCUGGUGGAGGUACCAAGCCAAGGAACAACCCGGUCAAUUCUAG